CGAACUCGCGCCGAAAAAAAAAAACAAAAACAAAAUAAGAUCGGUGUUGUGCGGAAUUGUGUUAAAAUGUUGCGAAAUUAAAGUUUUGCUGUGUCGUACUGAUGUUUGUGAUUAUGCUUUACCAUUUUCCCCAAAAUGGAUGAGAAGCGCUAUUUGAAGCGCAAAGAGAAGGCGCGCAGUGAUGGCAAUAGAGAGCAAUUGGCGGUCAGUUGCCAUCAACUUGGAGAUUAUUACAAUCAAGUAACUAAAUAUAAUGAGGCAGUGGGAGAGUACAAACAGGAGGCUAGCAUAUAUGCCAGCAUGGGCAAAGAGCUGGAAACAGCUAAAGCCAAGAGAAUGGUGGGUGAAAUGUUCACCCUGCUCUGUGAGUACGAUGCGGCCAAGGAUCACAUUAAUGACUAUCUUAAAAUUGCCAAGCGACUGAAAAAUCAAGUAGAACAACAACGAGCAUUUGCCACAUUGGGUCGUGUCCACUUGUUGCAUGGUCAGAGCUUGGCCGAUACCUCGGCCUCAGCGGCCAUGGAGCAGUUGAAAUUGGCCGAAAAAAGUUUUCUUCGCAGUUUGCUAAUGAUUAAAGAGCUUUCAGGUCAGAUAUCUAAACUGGAGCAGCUGGAUAUGCAAGCCCGCUGUUACCUGAACAUUGGUGUCGUCAAAGAGCAUAUGGAAGAAUUCGAGGCAUCCAUCGAAUACAUAGAGAAAGCAAUUAAAAUCAGCAAAACAAACGAUUUAUUCGAGUUGACCCACUUGUGUUACAUUUCGAUGAGUCUGCUUUAUAAUUGCAAGAAGAAUGAUGCAGCGUCGGCGCUUCGUUAUUGUAAUAUGGCUUUGCAGGUCGCUAAAAGAUUGCCCGAUAAAGUUAAGAAGAUAUGUGAGACGCUGAUAACGAAAUCGGAAAUAUUAAUCAAGGCGGGAGAUUUCGCAAGCGUGAAGCAGAUUCUGACCAAGGCCUACAAGAAGAAUACCCCCAGCGAGACGGAUCGCGAGAGCAUCGAACGUCAUUUGCGCAUUGUGGUGAAAAUAUGUCAGACUCUGGAUGAAUUGGUUUUGACCAGCUCUAUGGAUUAUGCCAAAUUGAAGAGCUUGUACGAACGCUUAGGCGAUGGCUGCUGCCAUCUGUUGAACUAUGAGAAGGCAUUGGUCUACUACCAAAAGAUGCUGGAAUGUGCCGAACUGAAUGCGGAAACAGGCAAAAGUCUGGUGCCCAUCUAUGUGAGCCUCUAUCAGACAUACAAGGAUAGCGGGCAGUAUGACAAGGCCUUGGAGUAUCUGUGGAAGGAAUUUGAACUGAACCAGGAUGAAGAACCGGCUGAAGCAUUUACCACACUCUGUAGCAUAGCUGAGAUAUGUGACCAACAAAAGCAUCCUUUCUGGACCGUACACGAUGUGUAUCAGAAGGCAUUGAGGCAGGCAGCCAAAGCGGGUGGUACAGCCUCUGCCAAGUUGGAAAGGAUUGCUUUAGUACGUUUACGGCGACUGGAGCUAAAACAUAAUAUGCAUGUUUUGGUAGAGAAUCUCGAGGCAGAAGCCAAGAGUAAAGGUAUUGAUUUAAAUGCAGCUGAAAACGAGGAGGAUGACGAUGAUGACGACAAUGAUGCCGGAGCAGCCGUGCAGCAGAACACCCCUGACUUGGGUGAUGACAUCGAUCUGGAUACAUUAACCGAUUCGGAUGCCAGUGAUCUAGAUGAAAGUGAAAAACCACGUCCCCAACGCAUGACUCGUGGCGCUCGUCCUUUGACCAUCAAACGCAAUAAUAAGGGUGAGACUCAACUGCAUCAGGCUUGCAUAGUUGGCAAUCUGGAACUGGUGCGUCGCCUUAUCGAACAGGGUCAUACUGUCAAUGUGCGGGAUCAUGCUGGCUGGUUGCCCCUCCAUGAAGCCUGCAACCAUGGACAUCGUGACAUUGUGGAGCUGCUUCUUGAUAAGGGAGCUGCUGCGGCUAUAAAUGAUAAGGGUGGCACGAGCUGUGAUGGCAUCACACCGCUUCAUGAUGCCUGUUCAAAUGGUUAUCUGGAUGUGGCUGAGCUUCUUUUGGAGCGUGGAGCCGAUGCUACCGUACGGACCGAUUACAAUGAGAACUGCAUUGCCGGAUUGGAUAAAUGGCGUCAAUCUGCACAGCUUUUAGACGGGGAACAGGCUCAGUAUGCCCAGCUGCGUGAAAGACUGCUCCGUACACUCUCGAAAGUGGGAAUUUGCAGUGAGAAGAAUGCCAAAGCUCUGACUAAUGCCAAUGUGAAGAAGUCGUCCCUACGAAUUGGCAGUCUGUCGGAUGAGGAGCUACUGCAUGAUGACAGGCCGACAGUCAGACAUUCAAAUCGCUCUUUUAACCGCAAUCGCUCUGGUAGCGAUCGGGAUCUCAGUGCCAGCAAAUCUAGUCCCAAUACGCAGCCCAGUGCUAGCAAAGAGUAUCGCAAUGUGAUGGCGCAGGUAAAACGUCCAAAUCGUCAAACAUUUGAUGAAGCACCAAGCAGUAGCAGCUCCACGAUUGGGAAAAGGAGAAAUGCCUUUCUGGAAGAGGACGAGGUAGAUGCAGAUAAUUGGCUCAUCGAUGAUUUGGGGCCCGAAAAGAAACGCAAACGUUUCAAUUCCCUCAGCCUGGGCAGUCGAUCAUUAAAAGAAAAUCAACGCGAUUCUGUCAUAUCACCGCAGCCUCCCAGUUGGGAAGUGGAGGAUAUUCUGCUACAGGACACACCGCCGCAAUUGAGUAACGAGCUGCUCCUUAGUUCUAAGCAGCGACAAAAGCAAAUGAAAAAGCUUACCCUAUCGCGAUCCUCCAGCAUGAGCAGCAACAAGUCUACGAGCAGACAUCAGGCAACACUUAUGGAUAGCGGUUUUUGCCGAUUUCGCAGUGAGAGUCCUUUAGGCAGUGGCGAAGACUCGCUAGACGGAGCCGCCUCAGUCAUAAGUUUACGAGCAACCACUGAACCAGACUCGACCACAUCGUCGAGUACAUUACAGUUGCUAAUCUCACCGGCCAAAUCAUCGGGAUCCCCAAUUAAAGUCCAGGCCACACCACUUCUGGCCACCACGGUGUCGUUUAAAAUUAAAGUACAAGAUGAAUUCCUUUUGGUGCCAAUUGAAAGGCGGAAAUUGCAGGAUAUCAAUAUUCGUUGGCUGGCCGAGGAAGCUGGAAGACGUUACAAUAAAUUAACUGGAUUAACUCCCAUGCUUCGUUUAAAGACAGCCGAUGGUUUCGCCUUCGAGGAGACAGAUUCAGUUAGCGUCGCCCUGGAACAGAGUAUGCUAUUAAGCACCAUUUCGGAUUGGAAGAUCUCUCCGCUAUCGCAACGCUACGAGGAAAUGUGCCAUCAAUUGCAGAAAUCUGUGGACGACAAAAUCAAACUACUGCUGGAACGGUCACAGAAUACGCAAGUUCUAAAGUUAGCCGGUCUUUGGUUUCGUCCCAGUCAAACGGAACCCAUUUUUAAGGCACUGCUCCAUCAAGCCCGUCUCACUGAACUGGAUCUGUCGAGGAAUUUCAUUGGUGACGAUGGUUGCCAGCAAUUAGCCAAAUCCCUGCCCACAUUAAUGCAAUUGAAGACACUUAAAUUGAAAAGCAAUGCCAUCAGUAAUCACGGUUUAGAGUCUUUACUGUGUGGCCCUGGCAUGGAGAGACUGGAACAACUAGAGGAUUUACAGCUAAGUCAAAAUCCUUUGGGCAAUGCAAGUCUCAGAGUUUUGCAUAAAUUCUUCACUGGUCCUCGAUGCCCCUUGCAAUCCUUGGAGUUGGCUCAAUGUGAAUUAACCGAACUGCAGGAUUUUGAUUUAGGAUUUAAUCAGCUAACCCGAUUCGAUAUUAGCUUUAAUCAGCUCACCCAACAAAGUGUUCGAAGAUUAGCUACCCAAUUGAAUAGUUGCCGUUUGGAAUCUUUAAAUUUAAGUUAUAUUCGCUGGCCACUGGAUGAGACAAGUGGCUUUGAAUUGGGUGAAAGUUUGGUCACCUUACUUGAGGCCGGUACCUGUGAAAGAUUCGUUUGCCUCGAACUCGCUGGCUGUGGUCUGCACGAUGCCCAUGUCUAUAAGAUAAGUCAACACUUGAGAAAAGCAAAGCAAUUGCAACGGCUCAAUAUUUCUGAUAAUGAGCGUUUAAGUGGCUCGGCCCUGGGAUGCCUGUUGGAGGAAUUGCCACAGUUAAAUACACUCCUGGCCACAAAUUGUACACGUUUGCUGGACGAUGUACGUCUGCAGAAGAUAGAGCAACUGAAACCACUGCCACGACGUUUAGAUUUAACCAUUGAUGAGCAGAUUUUAAACAUGUCAGGAGUUUUGGAAACAUUACAAUCCAUUUGGCAGUUACAAUUCGGUGAUAAGGCCAAGAUGCGAACAUAUAACAAAAAUCGUCAACAAAAUUAUGGUAAGCGAUACAAAGGUCUUGUUAAACUCUACGUCCAGGAUGGCAGUCCAGACUAAUAUGGCCAAGUUUAUGUUUUGUCCUCCUUUUCUUUGUUGUCUGUCUAAGUUAUUUUUUAAAUUCUUUUUUUUUAACCCACUGACGAAUAAAUAGCAAAUACGAAUAUUA